CAACCCAAACCUCCUCUCUUCCUCUGCCACUAACCUCCUUCACUUCUUCUCUAAUCUCUCCUUCACAAUACACUGCGAAAACGUGAACUAACUAACCAAACCAUGGUCGACGUGGACCGGAGGAUGACCGGUCUAAACCCGGCUCACGUAGCCGGUCUAAGACGGUUAUCGGCGCGAGCAGCAUCCUCCUCCUCCACCACCUCGUCCUCCGUGCCACUACGCAACGGCGUCGUUUCAUUUUCAUCAGUAGUAGAAAAGGUAAUAACCCAGCUCCGAAGCUCCGGCAUCGAAGUCCAACCGGGUCUCUCCGAUACAGAGUUCGCACGCACAGAGGCAGAGUUCGGCUUCGUAUUCCCACCGGACCUCCGUGCAGUCCUCGCCGCCGGUGUCCCCGUCGGCCCUGGAUUCCCUGACUGGCGAUCCGGCGGCGCGCGGCUGCACCUACGCGCAUCUCUGGACCUUCCAAUCGCAGCGAUUUCGUUCCAGAUCGCGAGGAACACCGUGUGGUCUAAGUCAUGGGGCCUGAGGCCUGCCGAGCCGGAGAAGGCGCUGCGAGUGGCGAGGAACGCGCUGAAGCGAGCUCCGUUGCUGAUUCCCAUCUGCAACCAUUGCUACAUUCCCUCCAACCCCUGCCUCGCCGGGAACCCUGUUUUCUUCGUCGACGAGAACAGAAUCUUCUGCUGCGGCUUAGAUCUCUCUGAUUUCUUCCAACGCGAGUCACUCUUCCGGAGCUCCGAAUCCGACCCGCAUCUUCUCAAGCAGCGAUCAGUUAGCGAGAAAUCCGCUGGUUCUUCAACCGCUUUCUCCCGGAGGAGCCUCGACAACGGAGGCAGGACGCCACGGUGGGUUGAGUUCUGGACCGACGCGGCAUCCGAUCGCCGCCGGAGAAACUCUUUGUCAUCAGCGUCUUCAUCGCCGGAGAGAUUCUUCGAGAUGCCCCGAUCCGGAGUCCCGGGUUGGGUGGAGGACUACAUAGGGAAAAUCGGGUCGGUUCUGAAAGCGGGUGGGUGGAGCGAAACGGAUGUAACAGAAAUGGUGCAGGUUUCAGCUUCCGGAUUUGUCGAAGGGGAGAUGGUGGUGCUGGAUAAUCAAGCGCUGCUGGAUGCUCUGCUAUUGAAAGCGGAUAGGUAUUCGGAUUCGCUCCGGAAAGCUGGGUGGAGCUCCGAGGAGGUAACCGAAGCUUUAGGAUUCGAUUUUCGACCCGAGAAGGAACGGAAACCGGUGAAAAAGCUUUCCCCAGAGCUUGUGGAAAGAAUCGAGAAACUGGCUCAGUCUGUUUCCCAGUCAUGAUACUUGGAACCCGGUGAACACUUUUUUUUUUUUUUUCAAUUUUUAUGAUCUCAGAGUUUGGGGGAAGCAAAUUGUACUAUGAAACACAAUAGAUCAAAAAAGUUCAAACAUCACACAUGCUUAUGAUCAUGCUACUAUAUAAUUUCAUAAUAAAUGAUCAACUGUUAAAUA